AUGCCGCGACGCCGUCGUCUCCGGCGGCCGGGCGCCCUGACCGAGCUCCCUCCUCUCCGAAUCGUCACCCAGAUCGCUGCUCUUCAAUCCGUAUACUAUUCCGCCGCCUUCCUCCUUACUCUCUUCACCUCCAUCGUGGCCGGGACCAAGUUUGGCUUCGAUCUCAUCUUUGGAUGGGAGGCUGUCCGGGGUGACACCACGCAGGGCUGGUUGAUGGCCUUUGUCUGGGUUUUGACGGGCGGGCUUUGUCUGGGUGCCGCGAUAGUCAUGCUCGUUACCCGAAGUAAGCUCGUUCCCGAUUUUGCGCUGACGGCGCACUUUGUCCACCUCGCCAUCUGUACCUUUUAUACCGGCUUUCUCCCUCGCAACGCCAUGUGGUGGGGCACCAUGGGCGUCUCCGCCGGUGUCGCUGUCGGCUUGGGCGUCUGGGCACUCCUCAGCCUCAUAGUAGAGUCUUCGAAGGCGGUCGUUGCUAGAUCUGAGCGUAUCACGAGAACAUUCCCCAACGCCUUCUAA